ACGAGACCUCUAGUUAUGGGAGAAAGAGGAGGAAGAGUGAAAAGAAGAAAGCAAACGGUGGUUGAUUGGUCGGCCCUCCCACCGGAGCUUCUAUCUGAAAUCGGAAAACGCCUGCAAUUCCGAUUAGACUUGCUGAGAUUCCGGUCAGUUUGCAAGCCAUGGCGCAAUUCUCUCUCCUCAAAAUCAAAAGAAAAAGUUAAGGCUUUUACAAUCCCUGAACCUCCAUUACUCUACCCCUUCGUUUAUUCAAAAAAGCGAGAACGCCAAAUUUCUUUUAUACUAACAGAAAGAACCGUAUAUACACUUCACCCCAAUGAAUCCCAAAUCCACUGUCGGAAUAAGUGUGGGAGUUAUGGAUUGGGAAAUUGGUGUUCUCCAUUGAUUGCUGAGUUUGAGGAGAUUCUUCCUAAAAGGUUUGUUCCUCACCAACUAGCUGCGAGGUGUAGUUUUAGAAAUUUCUCUAAGGUGAAAAAUAUGCUUGAUUUUAAAGUUUGUCCAAUUUCUAAGUUUUAUGGCAUUGUUGCUGCUAAUCAUAAACAAGGGUUUCAAUUUUCAAAUGGUUAUUUGGAUGUUGAUAAAGUAGUUGUUGUAGCUGAUUAUAAUUAUGUUAGUAUUAAUUAUCCUAUGAGUAGUGAUGAUGAUGAGAAUAAUAAUGUUAUUGUGGGUGCCCUUUUAGCUGGAGGGAAAGUUGGAUUGUUGAGGUUAUUAGGGUCUGAGUUAGACCCUGAUCCUAUAGGAUGGAGGGUAAUUAAUUAUGGGGAGGAUGAUAAAGACUUUAGGUUUGAUGAUAUUGUCAAUUUGGGAGGCAAAUUGUGUGUUAUUGACUCUAAAGGAAGAGCCUUUACAGUAGAUAUUUGUUCAUUGGAAUUAACUCAAAUUGCAGUACCACCACCUCCUAUUUGCAACAUGGAUGGGGAAGGGAUUCUAUUGCUUCAAAGGAGGAAGCGAUUGGUAGAAGAUUCCGGUAGCUUAUAUUUGCUUGUCCCUUUUGGAUAUGAAAAGUGUUGGGUACUUGAAUCUCGAAUCAAAGUUUACAAAUUAAGGGUACAAACCAGAGAUUGGGUUGAGGUUGUUAGUUUGGGUGAUCUAUCUCUUUUUGUGGGCUAUGAUUUUUCUUUUGCUGCCUCUGCUAGUAAUGUCUUCACAAAGGCGGAGGGCAACAGGAACUGCAUUUUUUUUGCCAGAACGAGUUUUCCGCACUAUAACAAGUGCAUUACUGUUGACUUUAAGGAGGAUCUUCUAUUCGAAGGAUUGCCCUUCAACCUUCAGGUUGGAGUGUUUGACUUGCCAGAUGGUACCAACUUCAGGUUGGCUUCUGGUCAACGGCGUCCUGAGAUAACGUACAACCUUCCAUGUUGCCUUGUUCAUAGUGAAUUGGUGUAUGAUUUAUAUUUUACAAAUCUGUCUAAUCUCGAGGGAGUCAAAAUCGCAGCCAGGCAUGUAUUAUGAACGGAUUUUUCAUGAAAUACCCCUCAAUUUUCACGAAAUUCACCAAAUGCCCCUCGACUUUCAGAAAUUCACCAAAUGCCCCUCGACUUUCAGAAAUUCACCAAAUGCCCCUCACCUUUAAUAUAAUACCCAAACUACCCUUACACUUAACAGACGUUAAGUCUCCGUUAGCAUGACUUUACUAUUUUGCCCUUAUUUUGUUUUUUGGAGCCUUAACCUUUCCCUACCACCCUGCUGACUGCUCCUCUCUCUCUCCCCCUUGUUCUUCCUUAUUCAUCAACCUUAACUGCAUCCAUUAAUCACUGGAAAACACCCAAAAACUUCUGAAGGUUUCGGAUAAAUUCGUCAGUCCUGUCUUCAAUUAUUCCUCAAAGCAAAAUCAAUUCUUUUGAAACCCAAAACCAACAAUAAACUUCUGGAAAACCCAUCUUUAAUCCCCCAAUUUUCUUCAGAAAUUAUUUUAUGCUUCCCGGCGAAUUUCUUGGGGGUUUCAGGAAUUGCGGCUGGAGGCUCGGAAAUGGGUUUAGCGGUGACAGGAGGAGUGAGGAAGACGGUUUAUGGGUCGAUCUUACCUAUCGACGGUGGCGGAUGCGGCGGCUUUGUUGGGUUCUGUGACUAUCGAUUAGGGUGGAGGUGGGUCCAAAGGUCCAAUUUUUGCCUUUGCUUAGAUGCGUGGAGGUGGGUCCAAAUGUCCAAUUUUUGAAGAUGGUCCCAAUUUUGACAUGGUAUUCAGAUAUUCCAUGGCCGUGAGCCCGUGAUGGAGUUGUCCCGCUUUCUAGGAGAUCACAUUUGCGAUCUGAGAAUUUGGAGAUUAAUCCCCCUGCACCUAUGGAAAAAUCAAAAGAAAAAAUCUCAUUAGUUUGGUUGUCGAAGAUCCAUUAGCAAUGCAAAAUAUCAAAUACAAUUCAAAAGUUGCUGAUGAAGAGAGACCGAAAUUCGUAAGUUGGGUAAAUCAUGUUGUGGAUGAACAUCAAGGUCCUUAUAUAAAUGAAUUCAAGGUUGUUUUUGAUCUGGAUAAUAGUUUCCAAUAUGAUAUUGAUAAAUGGGUGGAUUAUGCAAUAGCCAAACGAGCAAAGAAGCUGCUAGUGUUACACUUGAAACCACCAGGGGCGUAUUAUCAACAAGAACAAAAGCGUUAUACUUUUCCAGAUGAAUAUUGUAAGGCAACCACUUUUGGUUUCAGGAACGCUAUUACAUCAUUGAGUCUAAAUGACGUGAAUAUAACUUCAGAAAUGGUUGAAAGCCUUAUUAAGAAUUGCCUGUUUCUUGAGUACCUUUGCAUUGAAGAGGCGCCAUAUUUAUCCUGCAUUAGAUCAGUUUCUUCUUCUUCAUUGAAACAUUUACAAUCGCACCUAUGGAAUAAAAUGAUGGACGUGGGUUUGAAUCAUGGAUUCUCUAUAAA